AUUUUCAAUAUUUGAGGACCUGCAUGUGAACUUCAAAAGUAAAAGUCUGACUGUGACAAAUCUAUCCUUAAAUGCAUGAGGUUUUCCCGAGGGGGUGCGUAUGUAAUCAGCUGUUUUUACGAUUAGAAGCCCCGUUCAGUUUUUCCACAAGUGAAGACCGCGCUUCAUUACUAUUCAUAAGAGGAAAAGCAAAUAUAUUGACGGGUCGUACCUCGCACAAUGGCUGCUGCGACAGAGUUUACGGAUUUAGCCAGAAUAUCAACCGUUAACAGUAACAGCCGAAACCAUGUUGAAAAUAAAGGCUCCUGUGAAGAUUUCGUUGGAUACUCGGUAGAAAACUCCAGUUACGGGAAAGGUUAUGACAGGCUCUCGAAAGACUGUAGUUCGUCAUCGUCUGAUGCCGAGCCAGCUGGCUCAGGAAAGAAUACGGCUGUUCAGCAUGGCACAACGAUUUCCUUUCAAAACUUAAAAUACAACGUUGAAAUUAAAAUCAAGAGGAAAAAAGUUGUGAAAAGUAUCGUCAAAGGAAUAAGUGGUAUAUUUACGCCUGGAAUGAAUGCAAUUCUUGGUCCAACUGGUUGUGGAAAAACCACGACCCUUGACAUGCUGGCUGAUCGCAAAGAUAUGUCACAAGUGACAGGCGACAUUAUGGUCAAUGGUACAAAGAAACCGUCAAACUUUAAACGGAUGACCGGCUAUGUUGUCCAGCACGAUGUUGUGAUGGGGUUACUGACAGUUCGUGAAAACAUAUAUUUCUCGGCAUCGUUGCGUCUGCCUUCUUCUAUGACCAGCGAAGAGAAAGCUCAAAAAGUCGAUAAGCUCAUUGACGAGCUAGGACUAAGCAAAGUUGCAGAUUCUAAGGUGGGAAAUGAAGUCGUGAGAGGGAUAUCUGGGGGUGAAAAGAGACGAACAGGGAUUGGAAUGGAACUAAUCACGUCACCACACGUUCUAUUCUUGGACGAACCAACCACUGGUUUGGACGCCUCGACUGCAUCUAGCGUCAUGCAAUUACUACACGAUCUGAGCAGAAAGGGAAACACAAUCAUAUUCUCAAUACAUCAGCCAAGAUAUUCCAUCUUCAAGCUGUUUGAUAAUAUUUGUCUCUUGGGAGAUGGUCACAUGAUGUACAACGGCCCUGCGCAGGAAGCGCUGGGGUACUUUGAAGAAAUAGGGUAUCAAUGCGAACCGCACAAUAACCCGCCUGAUUUUUUCCUGGACGUCAUAAAUUCAGCGAAACUUGAAACGGCUGAUGAUGAAGUAAACGAUACGGAGAAAGGAGAGAUUACCAUUUUGGAUCUUGCUCGGAAGUUCAAAGACUCGGCCCAAGGUCAGGCAAUUCAGAAGCAAGUAACUGAGAUCUUCGAGAACAUGAAAGCCAACCCAAACUCUGAAGCCGCGAUAAAUACGAAAUACGCUCAGCAAAACCGCUACGCCACUGGAUGGUUUAAACAGAUGGGUAUUGUUGGUCAGCGUUCUGUCCGCUGUCUCAUACGAAAUCCGUUAACCACAAUCGUCCAGUUUUUUGUGAUGGCAUUCCUUGGGCUUGUUGUUGGCGCGUUGUACUUCAAAAUUGAAAAAGAUGAGAAAGGAAUUCAAAACAGGGUUGGCGCUUUCUUCUUUAUCAUCAUGAACAUGGUUUACGCAAACCUGGACUCCAUUGAGCUUCUUAUUAAAGAAAAGUCUAUUUUUGUCCACGAGUCCGCGAGUGGUUACUACAGAGUCUCGGUGUAUUUUCUGGCAAAAAUCUUUGCCGAAUUUUUACCGUACAGAGCGUUAUCUGCAUUUUUGUUUGCGAUAAUCGUCUACUGGAUGGCAGGUUUUGAUUCGGAUGCGGGCAAAUUCUUCAUCUUCGUUUUAACGCUUGUGCAAGUCGCUGUUUGUGGAACAAGCUUCGCGUUUCUCUUCAGUGCGACAUUUGGAAUAUUUGCUGUGGCAAAUCUAAUGGCGGCCGUCCUCUACACAAUAAUGCUGGUUUUUGGUGGUCUUUUACUCAAUCAAGAGUCGUUUGGAGAUUGGAUCGGCUGGUUCAGAUACUUGAGUAUUUUCAAAUAUGGAUUAGAGUGUUUGGAAAUUAAUGAAUUGGAUGGUAUGGAAUUUACCUGCCCCAUCGUAGUCAGUAACACGACUGGAUUUUCUAGCAGUUUACCUUGUCUUCAAGGCUCGGAGUAUCUGGUCUCGCAGGGUAUCGAUGCGGACAUGUUAUGGUGGAAUCAGCUCAUUUUAUUUGCGAUGAGUUUUACGUGUUGUUUUCUCACAUACUUGCAGCUUCGACGUGUAAAGAAAGACAAAUAAUUUGCCGUGAUUCUAGUAAUCUUUCACAUGCAAAUCAUCGAUGUCCGGACACUGUAUAUUAAUUAAUGACGCGCAAUAUCUCGUAUAUAGGCAUCAUGAACGAUUCAUGCGAAAUUGCCAAAUUCGUACCUCAGUCCGUAUUCGUUUCACAAGAUGCAACUCGAGCUCGGCUGCAUGAAGUUGAAUCAGUUGAAUGAUAGGCUUUGACUGACUUUGGUACCAGUUACAACGGAUACCGGAUUAGUUUUUGUAUCGAUUUAUCUAUGACUCGAUAUAUACAUAUGAUAUUGGAUUGAUUCCAGAUACAAACAAAAUGCAUUGCGGUGAUUGCGCACAACUGAAGAGCGAACAAAAAUAUACCGGAUUACACGGAAGCAGAAAUGUACCGGGUCAUUUUCCAUAUCCACUCCAGAGCGAAGUGAUUUCGCACCGGAUUGCUAUAUCCUCGUGUAACUGCAACAAAUGAAUCUGAUUUGGAAAGUAAUCUGCCGUGGUACGCUACUAAUCUGGUAUCGCGUGUAACUGGGACCUUAAUGUAACGAUAUAUACUCAAUGUACAUGCUUUGAACGACCAGUUCUUGCUCAUUUUAAAAUAAGCUUUAGGCGAACGGAAAAAAUCUGCAACAGUGCAUGAACAUGGAGUAUAUAUAUAUUUCAAUGUUUACAUCAUUUUUAAGGGGUUUUUUGAAUGAAUUAUUUCUGAAUUGGCGACACAGAAUCACUGCCAUCGUGAAAAAAUUGCAUGAAAAAUAGCUUUAUGUACUGCAGAGGUCAUCGUUAGAAUUUUAUUUUAUAAAAGAGAUUAUGGAAUCCAAACAAACCAUUCAAAACGUAACACUUCCAGCUAAUAUUGAAACUAGUUGUACUAGUUGAAAGUUGAAGCUGCUAUGUUUAAUCGUACACUCACAAAAGCGUUAUAUUCCUGUCUUUAAACGCGAGCGUUGACGUUGUUCCUGUUUUGUUUUCCCUGUUUUCAAUCGUUGCGAUUUGAUAUUGU